GCUACAUAAGUGUGAUAUAAUAGGUAAACGAAAGGAACAAAUAUAUUGCAAAGAAAACCAGAAUGGCGCAGGAAACGCACAAUAGUCAUCAUGGAAAUAUGAGCAAUAAUGGUAGCAGAAGUGAUGAAUGGGACAACUUGAAGCAAUUUGAGAAUGCAUUUCAACGAGUACGAAGUGACCUCAGCAAACAUUCAAAUGAAAUCAAAAGACUCGAGGAAGACAAAAGCCGUUUAUCAAUAUUAUAUGAAAAUGAAAAAGAAAACAGCAAAAGGACAAUAAAUGCAUUAGAGGCAAAAGUAAAACAACUACUCAAUGAACGAAAUAUUCAGGUUGAAGAAUUGAAAAGAACAGCGCUAAAAUUAGUUGAGGCUCAAAAAGAAAGAAACAAAUAUCAUGAAAGCAAUGAAAAACUGCGCAACUAUAACAGUGAACUAGAAACACGUAACACAUCACUUGAAUCAAAGCAUAAGGAACUUGACGAACAGCUGCGGAAGAGUGAAAGUGAGCUCAGACAGCUAGAAAAGGAUCGAAAAGAGUUACAGCAAAAAGUCAACGAAACUGAAAAGAAAAAAAGAGAUUUAACUUUGAAAUUUCAAGAAUAUUUGGACUCAAACCAGGCGUAUAAGGAUCAAAACUCAAAACUUCUUAUAGACAUUGGGACUGCAAGGAAGGAAAUAAAAGCACAAAACGAGAAAAGUAAGGUUGCCAAGGAAACUUAUGAGAGAGAGAAAACUUGCAAUGACGAUGUAAUACACAAAAAGGAAGAUAUAAUCUGUAUCUUGAAAAGCGAUAUGCAAAGCCUGAAAGAUAUUAAUCAUGCACAGGAGAAGAAAAUAGCAAAAAUGAAGGAAAUUGAGAUUGCGAAACAUAUUCAAAUGGAGUCACAGAUGGAAGAUUUAGAAAAAAAACGUAAGUCAUUAGUAGGCUUACAAAAAGAGAAGAAACGCCUAUAUAAAGCAAGAAUGGAAGGUGUAGAAUUAGAUUUUGCGUUAUUUAAGGAAAGAGUCAGUGGAUCUAGAGAACAUUUCAAAAGGGAGGAGGCAAAAAAUUCAAGUUCUAAAAUUAAACAACCAGCGUCUUCUGAACGAUUGUCCCUGAGAAGCAUGAAUAAGACCUUGCGAAAUAAACUAAAGAGAAUGGAAGCUGAAAAACAAACCAUUGAAGGAAGAUUACAUGAGGCGCAAGAAUCAUUGCACGAAUCGGAAAAUGUAGUACAGAAAUUAAAAAUGGAGGAGGAGGCGUUUAAAAAUUUCAUUUCAGAGGAGAGACACAAGGAAUCUAGACUUAAAGCACAAUAUGACGAUGUAACAAGAGAACUUGAAAAAAAUCGUUCUGAAAAGGAAGAAGCAAAUUGCAGGUUAGUGAAUGAUUAUAUGUUGAGUGUAACGACAAAAGCAAUGAAUGAUAGAGAAGAGGAAGUGUAUGCAAUAUUUGUUUUUAAGGAAGUUGAGAAAAUGGAAGUAAAGAGUAAACACUGCGAAAAGAGAGGCCCAAAGUUUAACAUACGUUUUGUGAUUGUUGCCUUGUCUGCAUUUUGA